CUCGCGUUGAUCCACUGCCUCAACGCGACUCACCUCCUCAGCCCCCCGCGAUGGUUGCGGCGAUGCUACGGCCUGGCACGCAAUCCAGCAUCGGCUACAACGCUCUUCACUGCUCCCUCGGUCAUGCCAAUUCCAAGACGCUGUACGAGCCUGCCAAGCAGAUGGGUAUCAACGUGACCGGCAAUCCGGAGUACGGCGGUGGAUGUGCGGAGUCGAAGGCGAUCCAGCGCUCGGUCCCCAAGGUCAUCUCCCCCUCCCGCCGGACGUCGUGGUCUCUUGAGCGUGUCGCCAUGGACCUAGCCGGUCCGUUCGGCCAAUCCAGCGGCGGUGCCAACGGCGGUGCCAAGUACGUGAUGCAGAUCCUGGACCACCAUACCAACUACGGAUGGAUUUGCUUUCUGCGGGAGAAGAGCAGUACAAACGUGGUUGCGGCCUUUCGUGCGUGGUAUGCCUCCAUCAAAUCGCUCUUGGCUACUCACGGGGGGCUGGGCUGCGUUCUGACCGACAACGGCACCGAGUGGGUCAACGCGGAGUUUCGGGGCCUGCUGGCGGAGCUGAACAUUACGCGGGAGCUCACGGCGGUCGACGGGCCCAAGAGCAACGGUCGUGUGGAGCGGAGGAUUGCACUAGUGAUGGAGGGGGGCAAGGCUGCGUUUCUGGAGUUCCCGAAGCUUUUCCCCGGAGUUAUGUUCCCGACCAAGGCGCUGUCCUUCCGGGCCAUCUGGCCCGAGGCCUUCGCGUGGAUGAACGACUCUCUGAACAUCGCAGCGGAGGAGGAAGAUCCGAGUGCUUCUGCCCUUCAUGAUGCCCGGCUUCUGUCACCGUCACCACCCGUCCGAGAUGCACAUNGGGCCAUCUGGCCCGAGGCCUUCGCGUGGAUAAACGACUCUCUGAACAUCACAGCGCNCAAGGCUGCGUUUCUGGAGUUCCCGAAGCUUUUCCCCGGAGUUAUGUUCCCGACCAAGGCGCUGUCCUUCCGGGCCAUCUGGCCCGAGGCCUUCGCGUGGAUGAACGACUCUCUGAACAUCGCAGCGGAGGAGGAGGAUCCGAGUGCUUCUGCCGUUCAUGAUGCCCGGCUUCCGUCACCGUCACCGCCCGUCCAAGAUGCACAGCAAGGGGGAGCGGUGCUUCUAUCUGAACUCAGGCCAGGAUCAUUCCUCUACGACACACAAGAUCAUCACGCCGGCUGGGGUGCCCACCUACCCCGAACACUGCACCUUCGGCUUCAGCAGCCAGGGCCUUCAAGGAGAUGGGCGUUCUUGGGGGUCGGAAGAGGGAUCGCCAGAGGGCCCGCGGUGGCGGCCGGAGCGGCGGCAUCGGCGGCAGCUCCAGCGGCGACGGCUGCGACCUUCGGUGGCAGUGUUCCCCCCGCGGCGGCGGCGGGGGGGAUGGCCGGAGGCCCCGCGGUGGCGACCGGAGCGGCGGCAUCGGCGGCAGCUCCGGCGGCGACGGCGGCGACCUCUGGCGGCAGUGUUCCCCUCGCGGCAGCGGCGGGGAGGAUGGCCGGGGUCCCCGCAGCGGCGGCAGGAGCGGUAGCAUCGGCGGAAACUUCGGUGGCGACGGAGCAGCGGCAGCAUGAGCAUAUGACGGAGCGGAGAGCAUGGUGGAGAGCGGAGCAGCGCGCAGCGCGGUGCGGGCGUCGGCAGGUGCAGCGGGAGUUCGUAGCGACCCCCGCAGUGACGAGGUCGCGGGCGAAGCGAGAUGGGUCAGGGCCGGGGAUAUUUGCUCUUCUAGCCACGGAGGACGAGAUCAAGCGGUCCAUCGCCGAGCUUCCUGCACCGGGUGUGGCUGAGCCAGCCCUGCCGACGGGGCUGGUGUGCGAUCUGGAGACGCCUGAGACAUAUGGGGAGGCGCACGCGGGGCCACACCACCACAUCUACCACAUCUGGACCAUCGCCGAACGCAAGGAGUUUUUCGGGUUGAAUGCAGCGGGCACCUUCGAGGAGGUUGUGUUCAUUCGUCUUCCCCCUGGGUGCGGUGCGCUUUCCGGUAAGGUCGUGCGGUUGAGACGGAGCCUAUACGGUCUGAAGCAGGCGUCCCGCACAUGGCAUCAUCACUUGAUGCGUGGCAUGAAGAGUCUUGGUUUCGAGCCUUGUGCCGCCGAUGCGUGUGUGAUGCGUCUGAUCGAGAGCGGUGUAGUCACCAUGGUGGUCGUGAUCCACGUAGACGACAUAUUUUCUAUCGGGCUCAACAGCAGGUGCGAUCAGUUUGGUGUUGACCUCAACCGGUAUGUGCCCAUCUCCAACCUUGGGGAACUGCGCUGGUAUGCGGGUUGCCGGUUUUCUCGUGACACGGUGUUGGGGACGGUGAAUAUUUCGCAGCAGGCUGUAGCGGAGAAGGUCGUUGCCAAGUUCGAUGUGACGACGGACAAAGAGACACCCAUGGUCGUUGGGUUGACGCUUGAGCAGUACGACGCCGAUGAGCCCGAUGUCGACGAGCCUUUCCGGUCGCUGGUGGGACACUUGAUGUGGCUGGCGAAUCACACUCGCCCGGAUAUUCUCAACGCGGCGGCUUUGCAUGUUUUGAUGUAUGUUAGAUUCACGAGCGGGUACGGGAUUACGUUUCAAAGGGGCACGGUGGGAGGAUACCACAUGGAACUUUUUGUCGAUUCGGACUUCGCCAACAAGGCAACCGACCGGCGGACGCAGAAGAGCGUCACCCUGUCUUCGACGGAAGCGGAGUACGUGGCGAUGUCUGAUGGGAUGAAGGAGGCUAUUUGCUGCUGUAUCUGUGGAAAUUAUCUUUCCGGGCCGUGAUGUGGGGUGCACUCCGGUGUGGCAGGAC